GGCAAACAGACAAACCUGGACAGGUUUAUUGAACUCAUCAAGAAGGAACCCAACAUGAGACCAGAUUUUGCAUGUCAGGAGUUUAUCCAUUUCUUAAAGAAGCACAUAGAGUGGUUUAGCACUUUGAAGCCAGAACUCAUUAGGGAGAUUAUCAAGCGAUGCAAGUUCUUGAAGAUUGCUCCUGAAACUGUGUUCAUCAAACAGGGAGAUACAGGGGACAGCAUGUACGCUAUUCUUCGAGGAACUGUAGGUGUCCAUGUCAUCUUUGAGACCGAGAAUGAACGCGAGUGUCUACUCAGGGUCGAAGCAGCUCUGGAAAAGAAAAAGUUUAAUAAAAAUGACUUCGGCAACGAGGUUGCUCAGAAAGUGGAAGGCUCAUGUAUCGGAGAAGUGGCGCUGGUCAAUGACAACUGCAUGCGAACUGCCAGCUGUAUCGCGACAUCUGCGUGUGAUUGUCUGGUCAUAGACAGAGCCCUCUACAGUGUCUCGGUCAAGGAGUUUAUCGAAAAGGAAUUCCAGGACAAAACUUUGUUUGUGGAAAGGAAUCCACUUUUUAAAUCCUGGACACAACGUCAGAAAAACCAGCUCAUAAUCAGCAUGAGGAAAUCGAGAGUUGGAUUUGGAGAAAAACUGGCAAGGCAGGGACAAGAGGUCGAUGCUGUUCACUUCGUCUACAAAGGUGACGUAGAGAUUCAUCUGGACGCUAAACAGUACCAGAAGCAGUUUCCACAGAUCUAUUCGGAGCUGAAGACUUUGCUCCCAGAAUUGGUCAAAGUAAACCCACAAGACACUCGACCACCUCACAUCAUACGAAAGGAAAGAAUGUCGAGACGGGCUUCACUGUCAGUGUGUAUUCUGGGCGCUAAUGAAACAAUUGGGUCCCUAGAAGUCAUCCUCAACCUCGAUUCAUUUAUAGAAACGGCCGUGUCCCAUGGCGAGUGUGAGCUCAUGAGCUUGAAGAGAUCCCAGUUCGAGAAGACUUUCAAGAAAAGGUUCGCGGCUACGACUUUGGACAUGCUGAAGGAGAGUCUGGCUAAUAAGUUGUGCCUGUACAUGUACCAGUGUGACCCGGCCGAUGUGGCCUUUCUCAAAUUCCUCAACAUGAAACUUAUGGAUGGACACGUCCUGCAGGAGGUACGAAAGAGUAAGUACGGAAAGUCCAAAGGUUCUCACUUUGGAGCUGAGAAGGCCACAAACAAAUCAGUCGAACAAGAAGAGGUCUUGCGUGUUCUAAAAAAGCUACACAUGGGCUCAGAAAAUGCAAGAGAUCUUCCUCUUGAGGACAAAUCAGAAAUCGCCCUAGCGAAGAUGGACAGAAGACUUCGAAUUUGGAGUGAGACUACAAACCUGAACGGCAGCAAACUGGCAAGGUUACAGAGUGCUACCAUAUCGCUGGACAGCAAUAAAGACAUAGCAUGA